AUGUUGGCUGUUCGACCCUCCGCGUUCGCUUCCCCGACGCAGCUGCACAGCGUCGGGCGCACCUCACACCCAAACGGACACGUGGCACCACUCACACCAAUCACCAGUCACCACCGAGCGAACCUCAUCAGCCUCUCCAGCUCGGCAUUCCCAAGGCGUAGUUUGCCUCUCCGCUCAACGGUGCUGCACUGCCAGCAGCCGCAGCAUGGCCGUUCCUUUGACUCCAACCACGGUACCCGCGGUACACAGGGUGCCCGUCCCGUGAGACCGCAAGCCACCACUGCAGGAGGCUCGAAUUCGAGAGCAGCUGCUUUGGAUGAAGAUGCAUGUGGGGAAAGAGAUUUGGAGCGAAGGCAGGAGGGGAGACUAGCAGGGAGGCUGGAGGGGAGGGGCAUGGAGAUGCGGCAGGGGAGGGGCAUGGACAGAGGCAUGGAGGUGCGGAUGUUCACAGAGGACUUGCCGACGCAGCUGGAGGCGAUCACUACAGGGGCGACGACGCUGGUGGCGGAGACGCAGAGGAGCCCCCCGGACGUGGACUACCUGCAGGAGCUGCUGGCCAUCCAGCAGUCGGGGCCACGGAACAUUGGCUUCUUUGGCACGCGCAACAUGGGUUUCAUGCACCAGCAGCUGAUUGAAAUCCUCAGCUAUGCCAUGAUUAUUACGAACAACCACAUCUACACGUCGGGGGCAGCGGGCACGAACGCGGCAGUGAUCCGCGGGGCGCUGAGGGCGGAGAAGGCGGAGCUGCUGACCGUCAUCCUGCCGCAGUCGCUGGGCAAGCAGCCGCCUGAAAGCCAGGAGCUGCUCAAGAAGGUGGAGAAUCUGGUGGAGAAGCCACACAACGACCAUCUGCCACUGCUCGAAGCCAGCAGGCUGUGCAACAUGGACAUUCUAUCGGAGGUGGAGCAUGUGAUCUGCUUUGCCUUCCACGACAGCCGGCUACUCAUGGAGACAUGUCAGGAGGCCAAGGACAUGGGCAAGAUCGUCACGCUCUUCUACCUCGAUUAG